AGAAAAUCAGAGGUUCAUCUUUUUAAAUGGGUUGACGAGGCAAUACUCGAUGAGGUUCGGAUGGUUGAUGCCAAGCGUCUGGAUCUCCUUCACGAUGUACAAGCACUCUCUCUAAAAACAACGGACGACCUUGAGUCUCAGAGAUCAUGGCUCGCCUGUAGGGACCAAGAGUUGAGGAACCAGAUUAGUGAUAACAACUUGCAGAUGACGCGAGCUCUGGAUGCAGUAACAAUUCAGUUGAAAGAUCAUAUGGAUGCUAAGAUCAAGUCUCACCUUCACUCACAGUUCCCCAUCAAUGGCCACAUCCACAAGCUCGGCGUAGCUGUUGUUGUUAUGGGAGCUCUAUCCUACUUCUAUUGGAAGCUCAUCUAA